AUGUCAACCCGUCAGUGUGCCACUUGCAACAGGGUGCUGGACCGCCAUUCCUACAGCAACAAUCAGUGGAGAAAGUCAGUUGGUGUCUCGCGAUGUCAUUCCUGUAUCAACGGUGGAGGCGCUCCUGCUACCGGAAGUGACGGAGUGGAUGCGUCCCAAACGGCUCGGCGCAAUAAUGCCCAAGAAGCCACCUUUCAAACCUACGAUCUGGACCAUCCAUUUGCCGAAGGUGGCUUUCGAUGGGUGGCCAAGGGUCAAUAUGUAAAGGGUGGCAGAUCGGGUCAAGCAUGCGUCUGCAAGUGGUUCAAGAGUGGCGCUGUCUUUGAGGCUACCUUCUUUGACAAGGACAUUGAAGCCAUGAACAAGGCCUUGGAGAUUAUUCAACAGUGGAAUCGAACCAAACAAAUCAACAAACUGAUACAGAUUAACAUACCCGAGGUUUGGACGUUCAAAAACACAUCUGGCGGUGGCUGGGCUGGCCGCAAGUGUCUCCAGGAACCAUUCAUUCAAAACUACCAAAAGUUCAAUUCCAAUACGGGUUGGGCAGAUGAUUCCACACCCUGGCCGAGAGUCAUGCAAGCCCUCAGUCACUACUCCUACCAUGCUUCCGGUGGUAAUGUGGUCCUCUGUGAUCUGCAGGGUGGAGUCUAUGCCACUUCAGUUGUGUUGACCGAUCCAGUGAUUCUCUCACGCAACAAAGCAUAUGGCGUCACUGACUUGGGACCUCAGGGCAUUAGCACUUUCUUUAGCAACCACCGGUGCAAUGAAUUUUGCAAAGGAAAUUGGUCCAAACCAACCGAUCAACGACAAUACUUUCGCCCACAGGAAGGAACCAGCAUGAUGCGUCCCAAAGCAGUACCAACUCGGGCAUCUCGUCCCAUGAAUACCUUCUAUGAGGAUGACAGCGACGAAGAUCUGUAUUUCAAACUGGAUGCGUGUAGUUACGCUGAGUAUGGUCAUGGGCUCGACUACUAG